UAUGCCGAAGUCUAAGAUGUCACGACUCACAGGAAAUCGGAAUGCCCCGCCUCUGGAGUUGUGAUAAUCCAAAGUAACCUGUAUCAUCAGAACAAUACUAGCCCUCAAAGGAACUCUACAGGAACAACCCAGAUUUCCUUGAAUAUUUUCAUUAUCCUGCUCCUCCACGUUGAACACUUGUGUCGUGAAACAGAAUGGCUGCACGAGCGAGGAUGAAUGUGCAAACAUUUCCACGGCCGCCACUGUUAGAGAAGAUACCGCGUCACUUACAAAUUGUAUGGAACGGACAAGUGAUUGCGGAAACUCGAGAUGCCUAUUGGAUUCUGGAAACGCAUCACCCCCCGACGUACUACCUACCACCGGCGGCUUUGAAGGUGCCGCUGACCCCGACGCGUCGAAGCACCUACUGCGAAUGGAAAGGUGCGGCUACAUAUUAUACAAUCACAGCUCCUGCACCAUCGUCCGGAAGAACGCCCGAGGUGGUUUCCAACCGAAUCUGGUCUUAUGAAUCUCCAACACCGGGGUUCGAGGCGAUCAAAGGGUACCUGUCAUUCUAUGCCGACCCGUGGAAUUGCUUCGUCGACGAUGAGGCAGUCCAGCCGCAGCCGGGUGACUUUUACGGGGGGUGGGUGACUUCAGAGAUCGAUGGCAUCGUGAAGGGGGCUCAUGGCAAUUGGGACCCUGUGGUAUGAUGUUCAAAUGUCGGGACUAGGACAAAGUGGUCCGUGCUGGAUGGAGACACCGUCAUCGGGUGCUCUUAUUAGAAGUGUACCGACAAGAUUCCCUGCUGACCAUAGCCUUACUGACCGGAUGUCUGUGUCCAUCAGUACCGUCUUAUGUAGUCAUGGUUGAAGUUGCCAAGAUUGAAACUCAUUGCUCAACCUUUGUGGCGGAAUCGAAGGUCAGCAUUCGUGCGUCCCGUUGUCUGCCGCCCAAUCCAGCCUGGAUCGACAUGGCUGUGUGAUGUCGAGCUUUAAUGAACAAAAGUCUCUGAUCUACAGCCCCAUUACUGUGU